CCCAAACUCCAACAGCAAUACAGCACCCCCAUCUUAACUCCAUCCCACCACCAAAACCCAAAUUUCUUCCCUCCCAAGAUUCCCAGUCUGAUUAUCGAUGGCCCAAACGACGCCGAACCACACCCAGACGGUCGCCGGCUGGGCCGCUCGCGAUUCCUCCGGCGAGAUAGCUCCUUACACUUUCAAACGGCGGGAGAACGGUGAUAGCGAUGUAACGAUAGAGAUAUUGUACUGCGGAAUCUGUCAUACAGAUCUCCAUCAAGUGAAGGAUGAUUGGGGCAUGACCAUGUAUCCUAUUGUUCCCGGGCAUGAGAUUACGGGGAUAAUUACCAAGGUGGGUAAAAAAGUGGAGAAUUUCAAGGUUGGAGACCGAGCAGGAAUCGGUUGCCUGGCAGCUUCAUGCAUGGAAUGUGACUUUUGCAAGAGCUCCCAAGAAAAUUACUGCGACCAGCUUCAGUUCACUUAUAAUGGCAUUUUCUGGGACGGCAGCAUUACUUAUGGCGGUUACUCCAAAAUGAUCGUCGCUGACUACAGGUACGUAGUGCAUGUGCCGGAGAGCCUUCCAAUGGACGCUGCAGCUCCAUUGUUGUGUGCGGGAGUCACUGUGUUCACACCUUUAAAGGAUCAUAAUUUGAUUGAAUCCCAAAGAAAGAAUAUAGGCGUUGUUGGAUUGGGUGGCCUAGGGCAUGUAGCCGUAAAAUUUGGGAAGGCGUUCGGCCACCACGUUACUGUCAUUAGCACCUCUCCUUCCAAAGAGAAAGAGGCCAGAGACCGAUUAGGUGCUGAUGACUUCAUUGUUAGCUCCAAUUCCAAACAAAUGGAGAUGGGAAAGCGUACGCUCGACUUUAUACUCGAUACGGUGUCGGCUGAUCAUUCUCUUGGACCAAUCUUAGAGUUACUGAAAGUCAAUGGGACGUUGGUUAUCGUUGGAGCUUCAAGCAAGCCCCUUGAACUCCCAUCUUUUCCUCUUAUAUUUGGUAAAAGAACAGUGAAAGGUGGGAUAAUCGGAGGAAUGAAGGAGACACAAGAGAUGAUGGAUUUGUGUGGAAAAUACAACAUAAAUUGUGAUAUUGAAGUUGUGAAGCCGGACGAUAUUAAUGAAGCACUCGGUCGUCUAGUCAGAAACGACGUGAAGUAUCGUUUUGUAAUCGAUAUUGGUGGUAACUCGUCCAGUUUGUAAUUGGAGAGUUUUUAUUUAGUAUUUUUUUUUUGGUUUUCUUGUGGAAGUUUUAAAUAAUAUUGUUGGUUUUCUUCUGCGAACUCGUCUAGUUUGUAAUCGGAGAGUUUUCUUUGAUAUUGUAUCGGAGAGUUGAUCUUUGGUAUUACAUUUGGCUUUCUUGUUGGAUAUUGAUUGCAUUAUGAUCUCUGAAUUGUAAGACAAUCAUGGUAAAAUUAUAUUUGAGAAAUAAAUAUUGAUAAAGAAAUUGGAAUUUGAAAC